UGAUUUCCCGACGGCCUUUGCGUCAGCUCAGCGACUUCCUCUUUCCCUACUAGCAGCCAUAAUGGCGGUUGGCAAAAAUAAACGUCUUACCAAAGGUGGCAAGAAGGGCGGUAAAAAGAAGAUAGUUGAUCCCUUCACUAAAAAAGACUGGUAUGACGUGAAGGCACCAUGCAUGUUCAACAUCAGACAAAUAGGCAAGACUCUUGUCACGAGGACCAUGGGAACAAAAAUUGCAUCGGAUGGCCUAAAGGGACGUGUGUUUGAGGUAUCGCUGGCUGACCUCCAGAAUGAUGAAGUUGCAUUCAGGAAGUUCAAAUUGGUGGCUGAGGAGGUCCAGGGCAGAAAUGUGCUGACAAACUUCCACGGAAUGGAUCUGACCAGAGACAAGCUCUGUUCCAUGGUCAAGAAGUGGCAGACGCUGAUCGAGGCCCAUGUGGAUGUCAAGACCACAGACGGUUUCCUGCUGAGGCUGUUCUGUAUUGGGUUCACCAAGAAGAGGCAAAACCAGAUGAAGAAAACCUGUUAUGCCCAACACACACAGGUCCGAGCCAUUAGGAAGAAGAUGGUUGAGAUCAUCACAAGAGAGGUGUCUUCUAAUGACAUGAAAGAAAUUGUCAACAAACUUAUUCCCGACAGCAUCGGCAAAGAUAUAGAGAAGGCCUGCCAGGGAAUCUACCCAUUACACGAUGUGUUUAUCCGAAAAGUGAAGGUUUUGAAGAAACCUAAAUUUGAUGUUGGCAAGCUUAUGGAGCUACACGGUGAGGGUGGCACCAAGACGGUGGUAACAGAGACCGGGGAGAAAGUGGAGCGCCCUGAAGGCUACGAACCUCCGGUUCUGGAAACCGUCUAAACCCUUCACCCCAGGCUAACAAGCAGCACACAAACAACAUCUUACGUGUACACAUGGGAAAAUAAACCAGUGUGAAGGAAA